CUGUCUCACCGUUGAAUGCCUGCUUCUGGCCGUCUCUGUCAAGCUCGAGAUUUCGACGUCCGGUCAUUUCGCCGACGAUCCCAGCACAGAUUCAGAUUGGUCUUUCAAUGGAUUCUGGUUUUUUAGAUUUCUACAAUUUUUGGAUGCUGUUUAUCCGAAAAUACCGGUUUUUUCUAUCAAUUUUAAAUUCGUAACAGGAAAAGAAGAGCGUAACUGAAGCCCAAGAUCUCUUGUGAAAAUGCCGACUCUACAAGGUUCUCUGCCUCCUGAGCUCGCUAACAAUGUGGUUAGGCUGUACCGAGAAUGUCUUCGUAGAGCUACAUUUAUUGGUAAGCAGCAACACAACACUGAGCUGGUUGUUGGUAUGGUGAGGCAGCAAUUUAAGAAACAUAUGAAUGAGACAGACCCAGAGAAGAUUCAGAAGUUGAAGGAUGAUGCUGCUCGGGGACUCAUCAAUCACAUGUUGUUUGAGUCAGAGAAGCUAGCAGGACGCAAGGUUAGCCAGAGAUCCUGAUGCAGUCUUGUUGCAGACUCUCUGUCAUUAUGCGCUCUGUGGUCCAGGGUAGGCUUUAAUAAAAGACUUUGUACUGAGCUUCAGUGAUUCUUAACAAUGAUGGUUUUGGUGUGCAAUCAAUCAGGAUGUUCUCUA